AUGUCAGUCGAAAUGUACAUGAACCACCCAUCAAACCGUAUCGAGGGGCCAUACCAAGAGCUGCCCGAAGAGGAGCACAGCCCAGGCCUCUGGGGCGGUUCUUGGACACAGCAAGGGCAGGCACCCGCGAGGCUGCAAGAGAUUCACGAGUCCGACGUCAGCUCCGAAUAUUCCGGCUCUGAAGGCGCAGAACCGCCGCACGACUUCCAUGAGAUACGAACGAACAACUAUAAUAGUAUGGAGAGCCUGAACAAAACAUACAAGCAACAGGAUGAGACGGCACUAGAAUACCAAAGAAAGGCUCGGGAUUUGCUGAGAAGGGCUCAGCAAAAGCUGGAAAUGAUUGCGUAUGAACUCAGGAAUCAUCGGAAGGACAAGCCAGAGAACGCAGCCGUAGUUGAAGCGUCGGCUUGA